AUGAAUAAAACUCACUUCUAUUCAUCACUUGAUACAUCUCUAUAGCUAUCGCAGACUCAAGAUAGGAGUCAGAUUAUCUAGAAUUUGGAUUAGAUUUUUGACACGGAGGACAACGAGCAGCAUCUGACCUCCACAGCUGGAGCAGGGGAUGCCAAAAUCUCAAAUGAAAUUCCACUUGAGAUCUAUUAGGAGAACAUUUAGAAGAGGAUAAGUGAGAUUUAGCAGAAGAGAGAUGAAAUCAGAAAGCAAUAUGACAAGAGCAGCAGGAACAAUUCCAGAACUAAUGAGAAGAGCAGCAGCAACCUCAUACUUUCCAAGCAAUCAAGUCCAAAGAUAAUACUAAGGAGUGUGAUAAACAAUGAUGAGUUCAGCAGCAAUGACAAGACUAAUUACCUGCGCACUUAUGAAUAUGAAGUCAAGAAACUUAGAAAUGACUCGGCUGACAGUCACAGUCAAGAGCAUUGCAGCUCACUCUAUAAGAACACUAUGAGUCAGCCCACUAGCUGCUAUCUGAAUCAGAACACAAAUGGAACUAUCUGCCACUAGAACUCUCAGAGCACGAACACAUUCAGCAACAACAACUUCUAUCAUCAGCCUAUCAAUCAGUCCUUCCACAUUAAUAUCUCCAGAAACUAUUCAAAGCUCAAUAUGGAUGAGCAGUCAAGCAAUAUCAACCAUGCGAUUAAUGGACAAAAGGAAUACGAGUAUCCCUAGAGCAGAGAGAGUCUCAGUAAUAGCAUAAUAUCACCAAGGGUUUUAUCAACAAGGCAUGUUAAAAGCAAGUCAAUCAAUCAUACUUCAAACAAACAUAUAUUGGUAAACUAGGAACAUCUGAGAAGUAAAAUCUAUAUGAACUAGACUAAUUAACAACCAUAGCUGAGGCAAAAAACCUAAAUUUUUUCAAGUGCAAACACUCAAAGCAAUAACAACAAUAAUAACUCUUCUCAAGACUUAAAGAAAUUCAACAGUAAUGUGAAGUCACCAACUGGGAACAGCACUUAGCUUGAAAGCCAGAUUCUUAAGUUGAAAGCUGAGCUAAAGAAGAAGGAUGAGUAGCUGCUCAAAAAAGAAGAGAUAAUUGGUGUACUUAAUAAGUUACUAGAUCAUCUGAAUAUCUAGCUGAACUAGAAGAAUAAGAUUGUUUAGUAAACUGAAAAGGAUAUUGCAGGCUUUAAAGUCAAAGAGUAAAAGUUCCUUGAAGUUAUCUCAAUGUGUAAGGGACAGUUAAACGAUUUUGACAUGAUAAUAUCCAAAUCAAAGCAAAUGAUAGAUAAGUAAAAGUAAGAAAUUGAGCAUCUAAGAUAGAUUAAGUGCAGUGGAGGGUCUGCAAACAGCUCUGCAUUCAUUAACGCGUCUCCGAACUAUAGUUAAUAUAUCAGGACUAUUGACCCUAACAAUGAAUACUUAAUACAGUUUCAAGAAAGAUAAAACAAUCUAUAAAAUCUUAUUUCUGAAUCAGAAAAGGUCAUGAUUGAUAAGUCUAAAAUCAAUCAAUCUCAAGGGAAUAUAUACGUAGAGUAAAUAAGACAGAUUAAUUCUAGAUAGAAUAACAAUCAAAUCAAGUAGUAGUCAUCUGGUAGCAAUGCCUUGAACCAGAGUAAAGCUCUGAGUAUUGUUACUAGAGCAACUGAUCUUAGUUAUGAUAACGUAAGUACGCUGAAUGAAUCUUUGAGGAGUCUUUAAAAUCAAGAGAACUUUAAUCAUACCAAUAACUACAUAUAUGGAAUGCCCAGUUAGAGUAACAUAAAUCCUUAUCAAAAUACUGUGAAUAGUACUAAAAGCUCUUCGAGUAAUCUAAACAUUAGCCAAAGUCUAUAUAAUGCAAUGAGAAAUAGUUUAGGCAGUAACCAAAACAUCUUAAAUCAAAGUUACUAGAAUGGGGUUUAAAGCACGAAUUAAAACACUAAGACUGGUUGUAAUGCACCACCGCCCUCUCAUAGUAGACCUAAUAGCUAUAGUGCUCAGCAUACAAAUAAAUUAUUCAAUAGAACAUUGCAUCAUUCAAAGAAUAUAUCUAUCCUUCCACCCACAAUUUUAACCAAUAACAGCAAGAGGAGCAAUCAGAAUUUGUGA